AUGUCACGUACUCCAACGUCCAGUGACUCUUCCGAAUCCUCUAGUAGUGAGACCUCGACGUUUACACCCGAGACACUCAUCACCACCAGGACAUCCGUCAUAUUCUCAGCUACAAGCUCGGAAUCAAUCUCGGUGGCCCCCGUCACAAGUGACGGGACUACGGGCUUCACAACAAUUACGACUGUUGUCGUGGCAUCUUCGGCUGUCGGCACACUCACAGAGGCUUCGUCAUAUACAACAACGCCAACUGCGCUCGCGGGCAGCGACAAUGCGGGCGGGUCCAGCGGAUUGUCCUCGGGGGCGAAAACCGGCAUCGGCGUAGGCGUUGGCCUUGCUGUGGUUAUUGCCGCAGCAUUCGGGUUCUGGUUCAGUUGGUACCAACGCAAGAAGCGCAAGCGGAACUCCUUGGCGGAAUCGGAUCAUUACCCGCCCAGCUCUCUCCCAGCUAUGACCUAUGGUUCAGGAGGACGCGACUAUGGAGCCGGAAGUGCUCUUGCUGGGGGCGUGGGGUAUACUGAGAGGUCCGAGACGCGAUCUGAGCUGCCGUCCCCUCCGCUCGGCAGCCCUGACCCUCUUCUAGGUGGGCUGGGCGGCAGAGCCCCAGACAGACUAGCACCAGCUGCCGCAGGUCCCAUAUCAUGGGGAUCCAACUCGAAUCAAGGGCCUCACUCUAACCAAUCAGUUUCAGAUUACAGUGAUUAUAAUGGACAGCAAGCAGCAGCAGCGGCAGUGGGGGCCGGGGCUGGAGCUGGAGCUGCUGCUGGCUACUAUCCAGGAUCAGGGCAAGAUGCACAUGAGCUGCCCGAGAACCAGCAAGCUCACGCCUACGGUGGGGCUCGCACCUUGUCUAACGGCUCUCAGAACCUGCAUCAGCGCAACGUCUCUGGUUCAUCACAGCAAGGGCAGUACGGGGGCACAGUCAGUCCUCAGACGGCUCAUUCGAGAACCAUGUCCGACUCUUCGUCGCAUGCACAUCCCUACCAUAUGUCGAUGGGCUCUGACAAUCCGUAUGCAGCUGAACUGCACAGUACACCGGCCACGUCCAACCAGGGCGCAGAGCUCGAGGCCAAUUUGCAGCAACGGAUGGAUUUCGAAAGGAAGCCAGUGCGGCAGGGCCACUUUUUGACUAAGAGCAAAGGGGACAUAGACCCGUCUCAGAACUUCUAA